AUGUCCGAGGCCGGCGAUCACAAUUCUCCAGGCUCGGAUGACGCCGAUGCGAAGGUCUCCCAGAUAUUGAAUAAGUUCAAAAGCGCAAACGCUCAAUCAACCACUACACCACAGAAAUCACCAGCACCCGAGUACUCGCAGCAACCUGAUAGGCCCAUUCAGCAAGAAUCACCCAGGGUGUCCAGAGCAUGUGUCGUCAUUCCGCCCACCAUUCCGAACCCAGACGACUAUGAAUACUUACCCGGUCAUUUCACUGUCCGCCGGGUCUUGCAUCUCCACUCAGAGAACUCGAACAGUCCGUCUUGCACAGUUCGCCUCCGAAGUGGGGAGCGUCAAACAAUGACUUAUGACCGCCUCAUGCAAUUGGAGAAUGGAAUGUCUGCCCUCGACCUGUUCCACCCAUCGGAUUCGGAAGACGACCUUAUGGUGAUCGGGAACCGAUCCAGUAUCUCACAAUCACCUUACUUUUCCGGCGACGGAGCAUUCGAUCCCCCUGAAGACGGGUCUCAAGGCCGGGGGAAUAGACGCCGCGCUGCAGCGAGAGCAGGACAGUACUCUCAAUUUUAUGAAACCUUUGAAAGUGAUGACGAAUCUACGCAUGAGCGGCAGAGCGACAGCGAAGACGACGGGCAGAGUGAUUCCCGUUCGUCCGCAACACGAAGAUUACGACGAGGCAAUCAAAACCGAAAACAUACCCCCGGUGCAUCAUCCCUAGAAGGCCUCUCCGCCCCCGAUAACAGACGAAAGUCAAGCCGUCGAAGAAAAAAUGUUCGUGUGAAUCUGCGCGAGCGCCACGAAGAUGAUCUUUCCGAGGCCGAGAGCAGUGGACCCAGACAGCAGAAAUAUACCGGUGCCAAAGAAAUAUUCCAAGAGGUCCAGCGUGAUGACGAAUUCAGACAGCUACACUUUGCAUGCUGCGCUACAUGCAGUAUCUAUGAGGAUGACCCAGAAAAAGGGCCGCUCGUCUUUUGCCAGGGCUGCAGUUCGUCGUAUCAUCAGGCCUGCCUUGGACCACGAUCCAGCCGGGAUCAUCUUGUAACCAAGAUUGACGAGGGUAACUUCAUUCUCCAAUGCCGUCGCUGCCUUGGACAUGCUCAUGAGAAGCAUGACAUAUCGCCGCAUCUAGGCUACUGCGCAGAGUGCAAGGAGAAGGGUCCUUUGUCGGAUCCUCUCAGGCAGCGUCUGACCACCAGACAGGAGCAGCAGCAGCGCGAAGCCAAUGGAGGGACAGAUCCAAUCACAGCUGUUGAUAUGGCUCAAAUCAACAAUGUGGACAAUGUUUUCUUCAGGUGUGCCAGCUGUCAGCGAGCCUUUCACCGAAUGCAUUUUCCUUUGGUUAUCGAAGACGAUGGCUCUGAGACCUUGCCAGGCCAUAUGGCGCACUGGCAGUGCUCUGAUUGUGCUGGGGCAAUGGGCGAAAUCGAUGAGCUAGUUGCAUGGCGUCCAGUUGACCCAAAACUUAAGGGUUCAAAGGCUCUCAUCGGCGAAGCGAUACCGGAGAUGCAGAAGCAAUAUCUGGUUAAGUGGAAGCAGAAAUCCUACUUCCGAACGACCUGGAUGCGUGGGGAUUGGGUCUGGGGUGUCAGCAACCACGCCAUGCGCCGGGCGUUCUACAACUCGGCUAAAUCCCAGAAGCCAAUUUGGACAACUGAAGACGCCAUCCCUGAAGAGAACCUUCGGGUUGACAUCGUGUUUGACGUGGUGUAUCGGCAAGAUGGGGACGAGUCACUGGAUGAAUCAAAUCCCGAAAUGGUUGAGACAGCCUUUGUCAAGUACAAGGCCCGAUGGGAAGAUUUCAAAACUGCCUUCAACGACUGGCUUCUGCGUGAUACCACCAAGCCCCCUGAUCGAAACAAACUGGAAGAUCACUUAUCUGCCAUCCGUCGAAAGGAUUUUGAGCGGGACUUGGCUUUGCUCUCUCAGCCUGAGUCGUUGGUUGGCGGUGAGUUAAUGAGAUAUCAAAUGGAGGGUGUCAACUGGCUGUACUACAAGUUCUGGAGGAAAGAAAAUGCCAUUCUCGCUGAUGACAUGGGACUUGGAAAGACAGUCCAAGUGAUUGGCUUUUUCGCAACGCUGAUUGAUAGGCACCGCUGUUGGCCUUUUCUGGUGGUUGCCCCCAACUCCACGGUGCCAAACUGGCGACGCGAGAUUAAAACGUGGGCACCAACAGUGCGAGUAACCACGUACUAUGGCUCUGCGUUCUCGCGCGAGACAGCUAAGAACUUCGAAAUGUUUCCUCAUGGUGGCCGGGAUCUUCGUUCCCACGUUGUCAUUGCUUCCUACGAGAGUAUGGUUGAUGGCGAUGCCAGGAUCCUCAACAAGGUGCGUUGGGCAGGUUUGAUUGUCGACGAGGGGCAACGUCUCAAAAACGACAAAUCUCAACUUUAUAAAUGCCUCCACGGCAUGAAGUUUGACUUCAAAGUUCUUCUUUCUGGCACGCCUCUCCAGAAUACAAUUAGAGAACUAUUCAAUCUUCUUCAGUUCAUCAAUCCUGACCUCAAAGCCGAAGAGAUGGAAAACGAAUAUGGAAAUAUGGACAAAGAGAGUAUCCACACACUCCAUGGCAUGAUCCGGCCGUUUUUCCUUCGUCGGACGAAGGCCGAUGUGCUGCCAUCUUUACCCCCGAUGGUGCAGAUCAUCCUCCCGGUCUCGAUGUCUGUUGUGCAGAAGAAACUUUACAAGUCCAUCCUCUCGAAGAAUCCCCUGCUCAUCAGAGCAAUUUGCACCAAAAGACCAGGCCAGCUGAAGAAGGCAGAACGACAUAAUUUGAACAACAUCCUGGUGCAGCUUCGGAAAUGUCUUUGCCAUCCUUUUAUCUACAAUCGGGACAUUGAGGAGCAAACCAACGACUCUUCCCUAGCCCAUCAUUCCUUGGUGGCAGCUUCUGGAAAACUUCAGUUGCUGAAUCUGAUGCUACCCAAAUUGCGGGAUCGUGGACACCGUGUUCUCAUUUUCAGUCAGUUCCUUGAGAAUCUGGAUCUUGUUGAAGACUUCCUUGGGGGCCUCGAUUUGAAGUACUGCCGCUUGGACGGGAAGUUGACGUCUCGGCAGAAACAGCAACAGAUUGAUAGCUUCAAUGCCCCGGGUUCUCCAUACUUCGCCUUUCUUCUGUCGACACGGUCCGGCGGAGUGGGCAUCAACCUUGCCACCGCAGAUACUGUCAUCAUCAUGGACCCCGACUUUAACCCCAAACAAGACAUGCAAGCACUGUCUCGGGCCCAUCGAAUUGGCCAAAAGAAUACCGUGCUCGUAUUCCACUUGACUACGAAGGCCUCCGUGGAAGAAAAGAUCAUGCAAAAGGGCAAGAAAAAGCUGGCGCUGGACCAUGUGCUCAUCGAACGUAUGGAAGCAGAUGGAGAAGAUGAGGACCUGGAAUCAAUCCUCAGGCACGGUGCUCAAGCAUUGUUUGAUGAUGACAAUUCUGCUGAUGUCCAUUACGACUCUGACUCGAUCGAAAAGAUUCUAAAUCGCAGCCAGAUCGAAAAAGUUGAGCAACCUGUUAACACCUCUUCAGGCGGAAUUUCCGAGCAACAUCAUUUUAGCUUCGCGCGCGUGUGGCAGAAAGAACGGGGUGCCCUGGAGGAGGUGACUGAGACCGAGGACUCCCCAGCUGACGAUACGGUCUGGGAGCAGAUCUUGCGUGCGCGUGAACAGCAAGCCACUGAAGAAGCCUCUCGGACCGCUGAGGGCUUUGGCCGAGGCAAGCGUAAGCGGGCUGCGGUGAAUUAUCGAACAAGAGAAGAAGAGAUCAACGACGUCGAGAGCGCUAAGUCCUCACAAUUCAAAGCUCACGGGCGCCCGGAGAGCGAUGACGAUUUCGACCAAGAAGAGACUGAAGAAGCAACUGAUUCUCUGGAUGAGGCCGAAGCAGGCGAUGUAGAGCCGGAUGCGAUGGAGCUUGACAUGUCGUCUGUAAAGCAGCAGGUUCGCCCGUUUGUGCGAAAGGAACUGCCGCCAUCACCGCCACCACCACCCUCCUUGGGCGGAGAUGGUGCGAUGGACGACGGCCUUGCUUGUUUGGCAUGUAACAAGCACCAUCCCAAUGGCCGUUGCCCGUUGAAGCUUGCUGGCGUUGAGUAUUGUCCGCUUUGUGGCCUGGCGCAUUUUGGCAGAAGCCGUGCCUGCCCCCAUCUGCACGACGAAACCCAAAUUCACCGCAUGCUCAGUGCAUUGAAAGAAAGCAAAGAGCUCCCUGAGCAUGUCACGCUAGCCAAAAAGUACCUCCAAGGGGUUCUUGGAGAUCUCGGCCAGCGAGACCGAAAAAAAACUGCUAAAGAAGCAGCAGCAGCACAACAACCCACCCAACAGGCGUCCAAACCAUUCUCGAGUUCGACAUUCCCUGAAACAUUGAAUUACCAGGGAAAUAGUCAUAUCUUGGUAUCAGGGAACCCUGGACCCAGCUCUACUAUGGUUGACCUGACAGGGCCCGAUUCCCCUCAUGGCAACCCCUCUGUUCCGCUUCAGCUUCCACUUCCUCCCCACCACUUGCCUUAA